GUCACAGCUCCAGACCUAAACCAAGGCUCUGGCCACUCCUCUAGCUCAUUCAGUAAGAAGCUGAAGCCACAUUGAGAUCUCCCUCCAGCCUUCCACAGCCUAAGAUCAUUCACCAUGGCAACUGUACAAGGAAGCCUCCUUUCUUCCGUGGUAAAAGAGAAGACCAGUACUCCCAAGAACAAGGUGACAAUCGUAGGAGUUGGUCAAGUUGGCAUGGCCUGUGCCGUCAGCGUCCUUCUGAAGGAACUGCCUGAUGUGCUUGCCUUGGUUGAUAUCUUGGAAGAUAAACUGCAGGGGGAGAAGAUGGACUUGGAACAUGGAAGUCUGUUUCUUAAAACGCCAACCAUUGUGGCAAACAAAGACUACUCAGUAACAGCUGACUCUAAACUUGUUGUGGUCACUGGCGGAGUCCGUCAACAGGAAGGGGAGAGCCGUCUGAACCUUGUACAGAGAAACGUCAAUGUCUUCAAGUUUAUUGUCCCUCAGGUGGUAAAAUACAGCCCUGAUGCCACUAUCCUUGUGGUUUCCAAUCCAGUUGAUAUCAUGACAUAUGUAACAUGGAAACUAAGCGGUUUGCCACAGAACAAAGUCAUUGGAAGUGGAACCAACUUGGAUUCAGCAAGGUUUCGCUACCUAAUGGCCCAGAAACUUGGCAUCAACACUUCAAGCGUCCAUGGCUAUGUUUUGGGUGAACAUGGGGAUACCAGUGUUCCCAUUUGGAGUGGAGCGAAUGUUGGUGGAGUCGCCCUUCAGUCUCUUAAUCCUGAUAUUGGAACUGACAAGGAUUCAGAGAACUGGAAAGAUGUCCACAAAGAGGUAGUUUCCAGUGCUUAUGAUGUGAUCAGACUAAAGGGAUACACCAACUGGGCGAUCGGCAUGAGUGUGGCUGACCUGGCAGAGUCCAUCCUCAAGAACCUGAGCAGAGUCCAUCCUGUUUCAACCAUGGUAAAGGGCUUUUAUGGUAUUGAGAAUGAAGUCUUCCUGAGUCUCCCAUGUGUCCUGAACGCACAAGGUCUAGUUCAAGUUGUAAAUCAGAAACUGACCGAUGAUGAAAAGGCUCAGCUGCAGAAGAGCGCAGCGACCCUGUGGCAGAUCCAGCAAGAUCUCAAAGACCUCUGAAGUCCUAAUAAAAUGCCAUUACAGUACACACCUUGCCUUUCUAACAGAUUCCAUGUUUAUGUACACAGGUUUAUAGAGUAACAAUAGUUUUCAGAAUAAAAUCUGAUGGAACUGAA